AUGUUCGAAGCAUUUUUUAUUCUCUUUCCAAGAAUGAUGGCUUCAUUUUUAGUCAAAUGUAUCAAAUGCGAUGAUGAAUCUGUAUUCAAGCCUAAAAAGGUAUUAAUUUUAUCCAAGAUAACACGAUUAGAAUAUGAGAGGCAUACUCAUCCUUCUGUUGAUGAGCUACAUAUUUUCCAGCUCACACGACGUGGAUCUAAUUAUGACAAACUUCUAAAGCGUCAUGAUGAACAUCACCAGUUUUUAAAUGUAGUUGUUAACGAACUUAGAUCUUGUGGUAUCGAGACACGUACAGUACAGAGGUUUGACUAUAAUAAUGCUGCGAUCUCAUGGGCUGAUGCUGUUUUUUCUGCUGGCGGAGAUGGCACAUUUCUCCAUGCUGCUUCCAAAGUUUCGUCAACAGAAAAGCCCGUGAUUGGGAUUAAUACCGACCCUACAGGCUCGGAAGGAUAUCUUUGUUUGCUGAAGAAAUUAUCGCACGAAUAUUUUAGAAAUGCUUUAAGACGAUUGCUUGCUGGUGAUUUCAGAUGGCUGUAUCGCCAGCGCAUACGUAUUUGUAUGGAAGGAGAUGCGGGAGAAAAUGAACCUGUGCAUUUACACGAUGAGCAACUUCCUUUUCAUAAUAUCGAAAAACAAAAAACUUCAAAAUCAAAGAAAUCAAAGAAUGUUGAUGUAUUGCAUGUAUUACCUGAGCCAGUUUUAAACGAUGUCUUCAUUGGAGAGAAUCUGUCAUCACGUGCUUCCUACUAUGAAAUUCAGUGUGAUGACGGUGAAAUAGUGAAGCAAAAAAGUAGUGGUGUAAUUUUAUGUACAGGAUCAGGUUCAACUGCAUGGUAUUUCAAUAUAAACAAAGUUACUGAUUAUUGCGUAUCAGGCAUUAUUGACAUCGCUGCAGAAGAGAUUGGUUACAGCUCAUUAACAAAGGAUAAAUCAGUAAUACGAAGAAUCCGCGACGAAUAUAACAGUCGUUUGUUGUUCCCACCGGAUUGCGCCAAUAUGGCUUAUUGUGUCCGUAAUCCAAUAUACAGUAUGACAUAUCCAGAGUUCCCACCUUGUGGGUUAGUGAAACGACUACGUUUACGUUCACACUGUUACGAUGCGCAUUUGGUUAUCGAUGGUAGACUUGCUUACAAAUUUAAUGAUGGUGCCGAAGCAGUUUUUGAGAUCCAUCCGGAAGAUGCUCUUAAAACUGUGGUGUUUCGGUGA